AUGGAAGUUAUUAUUUGCUGUCUAUUCACAGAAGGCAGGCCGGGAAAGGAGGCAAUGAGCACUGAAACAGGUCGGGUUUUAAAUCGAUCGAGAUCAUGGACUGAUCUUCCCAUCGAGAUUCUAUCUUGUAUUGCAGACCGAUUAAGCAUAAUCGAGCUCUUAAGUUUCCGUGGAACAUGCAAAGAUUUCCACUCUGCUUCAUCCGCUGCCAUAGGAGCGGAUAAAUAUCCAUGGAUACUAUUUCACAAGCCCAACAGUUCCGAAUGCCUGAUCCUCGACGAACCAAGAUCCAAAACCUACAAACGCAACAUUCCAGAUCUUCAAGGGGCAACUUGCCUCGCAUCUUAUCAAGGAUGGCUCCUAGUAUUCAGAGACGAAUCUGUUUUCUUCUUUUGCCCGUUUUCUCUAGCUAAAAUCGCUCUUCCUGAUUUCCCACACAACCAAAUCGAGGGCCACGAUGCUGCCUUUUCAGACCUGCCUACCUCUCCUAACUGCAUGGUCGCGGUACUUAACGCGAUAGAUCAUGAUUUUUUUGAAAUGAACAUAAUUUCAAAAGGGCAAACCGAAUGGACUCAAUACAAGAUAUCAAGGCGUACUCCGAAUUUAUAUUUAACAUCCAACCUGACUGUAGCCACAUUCAAUCGUGAGAGUGAAGAAUUUAACUUCACGGAUACAAUCAAAUAUACACUCACCUUUUCCGCUAAAGAUAAGAACUGGAAACCGUAUAACAUCGUACCUGCUACAUAUGAAAACAAGCAUAUCCCGGGCUUACCUUUUCGUCAUUGGUGGUCCUCUUACUCAGGUGACACAAUUGAGCAAAAGAGAGACAAGCUGGAUAUCGAAGACGAUGAAUAUGUUGUGGUUUGUGGGUUAACUUACCGUCGUCCGGGUUAUAAUGAUCCAGUUGUGUAUCAAAAUGAAGUUGUGGAUAGGUCUCCUACUAAAACUCGUAUGCGUAGGGCUGUUUGGAUUCAGCCACGAUUCUUUGAAGCUCAUCCCAACCAGCAUUGGUAG